UCGACGUCCAGCGUCCCGAGCGUCGACCCAAAUUCGAAUCGAUUUUGUUUAUCAAUAUUAAAACAGCAAUUAGUCGUGCCGCAAUGAAAAGGCAGAAUGUUCGCACAUUAUCUCUGGUAGUUUGCACGUUUACUUAUUUAUUAAUAGGUGCGGCGGUUUUCGACGCUCUGGAAUCAAAGGAGGAGAGCAGACGGGACGAACUUCUCAAAGUGUCCACAAACGCCCUCAAGAGCAAAUACAACAUAUCAGAUGACGACUACAGGAUGAUCGAACUCGUCAUUACUGAGUACAAACCGCACAAGGCGGGCCCGCAGUGGAAGUUCGCCGGGGCUUUUUAUUUUGCGACGGUGGUGCUUGCGAUGAUCGGUUAUGGGCACUCGACUCCUGUGACAGCCGGGGGAAAAGCGUUCUGCAUGGGUUAUGCCAUGGUGGGGAUUCCUUUGGGGCUGGUGAUGUUUCAGAGCAUCGGUGAGCGUCUGAACAAGUUCGCUUCAGUCGUCAUAAGACAAAUUAAAAAAUAUCUGCACUGUAAGAAAAUCGAAGCGACUGAGAUGAAUCUCAUGUUCGCCACUGGUAUGCUGUCUUCUAUUAUAAUUACCACGGGAGCUGCGGUUUUUUCUAGAUAUGAGGGCUGGACGUAUUUUGAUAGUUUCUACUACUGUUUUGUAACCCUGACGACUAUAGGUUUCGGCGACUAUGUGGCUUUGCAGAACGAUAACGCCCUCAAAGACAAACCGGGUUACGUCGCUUUAAGUUUAGUUUUUAUUUUGUUCGGGUUGGCGGUAGUGGCUGCCAGUAUUAAUCUUCUCGUGCUGAGGUUCAUGACAAUGAACGCUGAAGACAUCCGACGCGACGAUCCAGACAUGCAGUCUUCCUCUCACCACGUUUUGACACUCGACGGCGAAGUUAUGGCUGUCAACGGAAAACUGUUAGCCGCUAAUCCAUACCUAGGUAUUGGUGAAAAUCCAGAAAUUGAUCAAAUGUCCGUCUGUUCGUGUAAUUGUCUAGGACUGAAUCACAUUGAUAAUCAAGAGUGGCUGCUGGACACUAGCUACCACCCAUCUCAGACUGUUUUGGCUUCCAAUUUAAAAAUAAAAAGGGCUUCUGUGUGACACAAUUUUAAACACAAGUACAGCUUGGAGUAAGCCAAUCCUGACCACCAAGACACAGUUGUGCCAACUUUUUUAGCAUUUUUUGAAAGGUGGACGCCCCUCAUUGUACCGAACGGUGUUAUCAGUGUUAUGUGCAUGUUCCU